UUUUAAAUUAACAUUAUGAAAAUCACGCGAUACUGGAAGCGGAACUAUAGUGCGGCAGUAAUCGCGCGCUCCCUGUUUCUGUCAUGGCUGCGCUCACAGUGAGAGCAGUGAACAUGUGAAGACAACAACCGAAGGUAAUAUUUCAAGAUCUUGCAUCCAUCUGUGACCCUGUCGGAUGCAUUUCACUGCACAUGAGAAGAGACAAAACAUAUGAAAGGUCACACCAUGUCUGAAGCUUCAGAGAAUCUCCCAGAAUGAGCAUGUAUAAAUCAGGUUUGGAGAUGUUCAGAUGUGCUCUGAGAUCCACGGUGCUGUGGAAAUGUGACUCUUUUAUAUGGACACAGACGUCUUUGUGUUAUAAAAGCAGAAGCUUUGCUGCAUCAUCUCAGUUGGGGAGAAAACGCAUACAAGGACACACAUUAAAACAAGUACUGUAUUACAGUCAGAGUGGUCAUGAUGUUCUCAAUGCUCAAAUUAAACAAACUCCAGCUUCUACAGAGACCAGUGAACUCCUGGAUAAAGCAGAAAGGACUCCUUUCUACAGCCAUUUGCAGAACUGUUUUUGUCCCACGGAUGUGCUGGACACGCUGAAGCAGAUCCCAGUGUCGCAGCAGCUCAUCAGCAGCAUCUUCACACGCAUCUGGGAGAGCACGAAGAAAAUGACGGAUGAGCAGCGGCGCUGUGAGCUGCGGCUGAUGUUCGAUCACCCGGGGUUUGAGGAGGUCUGUGAACGGGCCGCCGCUGACGCCUGGCGCAUGAGGAGUGAGGAUCUGGCCUACACUCUGCUGGCCGUUGUCAACCUGGGAGUUUCACAAGACACACGUGUUGUGCAGACGCUGCUGCGUGUUAUACAGGUGAGUGAAGAGGUUUUGUCUUAUAAUUCACAUGUUCAUUAAAGGUGCAGUACGUGAUUUCUGAGAAACGCUGCUGAAAGUGGAUCGGACCGAGCGCCACAACACACUUGUAGCCAAUCAGCAGCAGGGGGCGUUUCCACUCAUGAUGGAAGAGAGAGUGA